AUGCCUUCCACCUCUCCUGUCAAGGUCCUCGACAAGAGCGGUCAGGAAAUCGUCUCAGUUGGUUUCGACCGUUUUGGCUUCAACAGCGAGGUCCCCAUUGACGCUUUACGUUCUUUGUACCUCCGCUCCCAUUACGUCGUGACAUCCACCUCCGAUAAAGUCGACGGGGAUUCGCUGGACCCUGACGCUGAGGAACAGCAGCACGCCAAAUUUACGAAAGGUCUUUCAGCUUAUCAAUCAAAAUCGAUAUUCUACCCUGAAGAUAACUCAAUCUCUUAUACUACACUCGCUCGUUUCCCUCCCGUGAAACUGCUCGCGCCCUCUCAACGUAAACGUGUACUCGUGACCGGUGGUGCUGGUUUCGUUGGCUCCCACCUCGUCGACCGUCUCAUGCUUCUCGGUCACGACGUUACUGUUCUCGACAAUUUCUUCACUGGGUCGAGAACCACUGUCAGCCACUGGGUCGGUCACCCUAAUUUUGAGCUCGUCCGUCAUGAUGUUGUCGAGCCCUUUAUGAUUGAAUGUGACCAAAUCUAUCAUCUUGCUUGUCCCGCAUCCCCUCCUCACUACCAGUUUAAUCCUGUCAAAACCGUCAAGACUUCUUUCAUGGGUACCCUCAAUAUGCUUGGUCUCGCCAAGCGUACCAAGGCACGUUUCCUGAUCUCAAGCACCUCCGAGGUGUACGGAGACCCUGAGGUUCACCCACAACCUGAGGAUUACUGGGGUCAUGUCAACCCGAUUGGUGAUCGUGCCUGCUAUGAUGAAGGAAAACGAGUCGCUGAGACUUUGACCUACGGUUAUCAACGUCAGGAUGGUGUCGAUGUUCGUGUUGCUCGUAUCUUCAACACUUACGGUCCUCGCAUGAACCCCUAUGACGGCCGUGUGGUGUCCAAUUUCAUUGUUCAAGCGCUCAAGGGUGAAGACCUCACUGUUUAUGGUGACGGUACCCAAACUCGAUCUUUCCAGUACAUCCAUGAUCUUAUCGACGGCCUCAUAUGUCUUAUGAAUUCCGACGAGUCUCGCCCUGUAAACAUUGGAAACGGUGACGAAUUCACAAUCGGGGAGUUCGCCGAGCUCGUCCGUGAAAUUGUGGAGAAGGUUCAAUCGGAGGCUGGAGACAGGCCUAGUCGUCGAGUUCAGAUAAUUUACAAGACUCUUCCCAACGACGACCCACAAAAACGCCGCCCAGAUACCAGUCGUGCUAAAGAGUCGCUCAAGUGGCAGCCACGGUGGACUGUGCGUAUGGGCUUGGAGGAGAUGGUUAGGUAUUACAAGGCUAAGAUGGCUGAGGGCAGCCUCUAA